AUGGCAGGAAAGGGGGUGAAGCGCGCUAACUGCUUGCUUCUUCUUCAGUGUGAAUGGGACUCGUGUAGCUAUGUGUGUUCCCGGAUGGAGGAGCUGUGUUCUCAUGUGUCUGAUCACCUCGGGUCCAGCAGAUGGCCAAUACAGAGGAACAUGGCACCUGUGAAGAUGAGUUUUGUUGUUUAUGGCAAGGCUGUGGAUUUUUUUCCUUGGAUAGCCCAGCAGAGCUUGACCGUCAUGUUUAUUUUCACUGUUACCACACCAAGCUGAAGCAAAUGGGACUCCAGGCGCUACAGAAUCAGCCAGAUCUCAGUCCCUGCCAGCUAGAUACUCAGAGUCGAAACAUGAUUCCAGAACUCCAAGACAGCUUUGUAUGUAUGUGGGAGCAGUGUGAGACCUCCUUUGACAAUGCUGAGUGGUAUUACAGACAUGUUGAUGCUCAUGGCCUGAGUGCUGAAUAUGAAAUGGCUGGUAAAGAAAACCGGGUUUUGAUGUGUAGCUGGAAAGACUGUGAUUGUUCCUGUAAAAGUAGAUGCAAGCUCCGAGAGCAUUUGCGCAGUCACACUCAAGAAAAAGUGGUCUCCUGCCCCAAUUGUGGGGAAUGUUUUCCAACAACACAAAAUUCUAUGACCAUCUCCGGCGACAGACAUCUUUAGAUCAACAUAGAUUCCAGUGUACACAUUGUUCAAAGAGAUUUGCAACAGAAAGGCUGCUGCGAGAUCACAUGCGUAAUCAUGUAAACCAUUAUAAGUGCCCUUUGUGUGAUAUGACAUGCCCACUGCCAUCCACCCUACGGACUCACAUUCGAUUCAGGCACAGUGAUGAGCGGCCAUUUAAAUGUGAGCAUUGUGACUACAGUUGUAAGAACCUGGUAGACCUGAGAAAACAUCUGGACACACACAGCAAGCUGCCCGCAUAUUGUUGUGAAUACGAAGACUGUAGCUUCACUGCUCGUUCUCUGUGUUCUGUCAAAGCUCACUACAGAAAGGUGCAUGAGGUAAGAGUAAUGAUGAUGGUUCUACUGUAUUUACAUGUACACUUUUUUUUUUUUUUUUAUCAGUAUGCAGGUUUUCAUCCCAAUUAUAAAUGUAUUCAGCAUUUUACGUUUGGGCUUUUAUACAAUUCUGGACUGGAAUUUAAACUUGGCUGUAGUGCCAAGGCUUGC